UAUCUAUAAAUAUUACACUCUAAAACCAAGUUUGGUAGGAGAGCUAGAUUCAAAAGAAAUGGAUCCCAUCUCAUCGUCACUCUUCUUCAUCUUCAUCAUCUUACUUUUACUAAAACUAUUCUUCUUCAAACCCAAAACCCCAAACUUUCCUCCUUCGCCUCCAAAACUUCCCCUAAUUGGCAACCUUCACCAACUAGGCUCCCUACCACACCAAUCUUUGGCCACUCUUUCCCAAAAAUAUGGCCCUCUAAUGCUCUUAAAGCUAGGCCAAGCUCCCGUCCUCGUAAUUUCCUCAGCGAAAAUGGCCAAACAAGUCAUGAAAACCCAUGACCUCGUAUUCUCUAGCCGACCCCAAACGACUGCCGUGAAAACCUUGCUUUACGGAGGCCAAGAUGUGGGUUUUGCUCCAUAUGGCGAGUAUUGGCGCCAAGCAAAAAAAAUAUGUACUCUUGAGCUUCUCAGUGUGAAAAGAGUUGAGUCUUUUCAAUACGUUAGAGAUGAAGAAAUUGAUGCUCUUGUUAAUAAGAUUCGUAAGAGUGGGAGUGAUCAAAGUUUGGAUCUUGGCCAUUUGUUUUUCCAAACAUCAAAUAAUAUCGUUGCAAGAUGUGUUAUGGGAGAGAAAUUUGAGGAUGAAGAUGGGAAGAGUAGAUUUGAGGAGAUAUCAAGAAAGGUUGUGGUGAUAGUAACAGCGUUUUGUGUUGAGGAUUUUUUCCCUUCAUUUGGUUGGAUUAUUGAUGUUAUUAGAGGAUUUCAUUGGGAUUUGAAGAAUUGUUUCAAAACAUUGGAUGAGUUUCUUAGUAAAGUUGUUGAAGAACAUAAGGAGAAGAUCAAGAGAUCAGGAGGUGAUAUUAAUAUCGAUAAUUAUGAAUCGAAAAAAGAUUUUGUGGAUAUUAUGCUACAACUUCAACAAGGUGACGAGCUUGACUAUCAUUUCUCUCUUGACAGCCUCAAAGCCAUUGUUUCGGACAUGUUUAUAGGUGGAAGUGACACAACAGCAACAGGGUUGGAAUGGACAAUGACAGAGCUAAUGAGAAAACCAAGAAUCAUGAAGAAAGUUCAAGAAGAAGUUAGAACAAUAAUUGGCAAAAAAUCAAAGAUAGAAGCAGAAGACAUUCAAAAAAUGGAAUACAUGCAAUGUGUGAUUAAAGAGUCUCUAAGGCUUCACCCACCCGUUCCUCUUUUAGUGCCAAGAGAAACAAUGGCAGACGUUGAGAUUGAAGGUUACUAUAUUCCGUCAAAAACAAGAGUGUUUGUGAAUGCUUGGGCCAUUCAAAGAGACCCUCAAUUUUGGGUUAAUCCAAAUGAGUUCAUUCCAGAGAGAUUUAUGGACAAAACUAAUUCAGCUGAUUAUAAAGGUCAAAACUUUGAGUUCAUUCCAUUUGGUAGUGGAAGAAGGAAGUGUGCUGGAUUGUCAUUUGGGAUUGCUUCUUUUGAAUUUGCUUUGGCUAAUAUUCUCUGCUGGUUUGAUUGGAAGCUUCCUGGUGGUUGUGAAUCAUUGGAUAUUGAAGAAGCUAAUGGACUCACUGUUCGUAAGAAAAAUCAAUUAACCCAUAAAACAGCAACCAUGAAGUUGAACCGAAUAGCACCUCCUUUUGUCUUUGGAUUGAUGGAUGCUAGUUUGUUGGAGAGAUUGUUGAGAGGCACUUUGAUGCUAUCUAAACCUUGUAUGAUGUCAAGCUUGUUCCAUAGAUAUUGACUUGACGGGCAUUAUAAGAAAAGAUAAUCAAUGAAUUCAUUCUCAUAUUUAUGGACAUAACACACCAGUUUGGGUUUAGACAAGUUGUUUUGAUCCUUUUCUAGAUAAAAUCACUGGUGAGUAUCCCAUUAUGUAGCAUGGUCCAUCAGAAGACUUUGCAUUUUUUUUUUGGAGAUUUUGGACUUCCAUAUAUGUCUGUAAUUGGUAGUAUCUUCAUUUAUCAAUCUGAAAGAGAGCAAGGCAUCUUUGAUAAA